AGCUGCUUGUGGACUCAUCAGACCGGUUGUAAUGCUUGUCUCUUUGCGGCCAGACGAGCGCUCAUAAAGCCAUGGUUAGAUUUUCCGGAGAUUUUUACGUGUUUUAUGUAAUCAUUUAAUAAACCAGCCCUGCACUGGAGAUCAGACUGACAGCUGAUCAUGUUUGGGUGUUUAGUUGCAGGCAGAUUGGUCCAGACCGAUGCCCAGCAGGUCUCUGGUGAUAAAUUUGUGUUCAACCUGCCUGACUAUGAGAAGGUUAAUCACGUGGUGGUGUUCAUGCUGGGCACAGUGCCUUUUCCUACUGGCAUGGGAGGUGCUGUUUACUUCUCCUUCCCCGAUCCAAGUGUGGGCCAAGUGUGGCAGCUGCUCGGCUUCAUCACUAACGAGAAGCCAAGUGCCAUCUUUAAAAUCUCUGGCCUAAAAGCUGGUGAAGGUGGAGCUCAUCCGUUUGGGAUGAUGGUUGCCCCACAGGCCGCCUCGGUGGCUCAGGUCGGCGUUUCCGUUGAACCCCUCGACCAGCUCGCUCAACAGACACCAGUUUCCAAUGCAACCGUCUCCACCAUGGAUUCCUUCACACAGUUCACCCAGAAGAUGUUGGAGAGCCUGUACAACUUCACCUCCUCCUUCGCUCUGUCACAAGCUCAGAUGACGCCAAACCCCUCGGAGAUGUAUGUUCCAGCCAGCUCCAUCCUUAAAUGGUAUGAAAACUUCCAGAGACGAAUGGUGCAGAAUCCAAACUUCUGGAAAGCAUGACAUGCUUGAUUAUAUAAGCUCUUAAUUAACAGAGGAGCAGAAAAUUGGGAAUUCAUAUUAUCAUUUGGCUUGCCUUGAAAUAUCUGGCUUAAGAAUAUCAUGCCAAUAUCAGUAUAUCUCAUGUAUUUUAUAUCCCAUAUGGAACAGCAACAAAGUAAAUAUGAUAUUACUGACGGUGUUUUAAUGCAGCGGACACUGACUGGUUGUUUUCAGGUUUGCUAGCUGAGGAUGUUACAGAAUUUUCAUAUUGAAUGAUUGAUGUUUGUAAUGUGGUUAUAAAAACGCAGGCCUUCACACCUCUAA